CACACCAUAGAGAAGAGUGUAUCAUCAUCACCAACUCUCUGUAGCUUUCAAUCUCAACUAUCUAAAAAGGAAAAAAUUAAAGAAAAGGAAAUCCACUUCAAAACAACAAUCCCACCAAGUGUUUGUGCUUCUAUUCCACUCUGUUUUCACUCUUUUCUCUGCUUCAUCCAUUCAUUCUUCACUCUUCCAUAGAAUUCAAUCCAUAAAUCUUCCAUAAUUUGAACCUUGUUAUCAUUGUUGUUCUGUCCUUUUCUCUCUUGCCUAUAAAUAAUUGAAAGAUUAUAACCAGAACCCGAGUUCGGAAUCUACAUAAUCUUCAUUUUUUCAAUGGAAUCCGAAAACGGGGUGGUCGCUUUGGAGGAUGAGAAAUGUGUUGUGGUUGAGGAAAACCGUGUGGAAGAAUCGCAUAUCGAUUCAAACAAAAAGGGAAAAAAUGCUGAUCUUGGAGAAAAAGUUCCUACAACAAAUGGAAAAUCUGAACCUGUAAAAGUCAAUGAUGGCAAAGAUUCUUCUGUUGUUGCAACUAAGGCCUCUGUGACUGCUCUUCCUGGUAAAACUUCAAAAAUUAUGAAGUAUUCUAAUGCUUCAAACAAUGGUGUCUCAAAGAACACCAAAGCUACUAAGCAGUCGAAGAGUACAAAUCUGCCUUCUUGCAACCAAAGAGCAGUUCUUUCUCAGAGCCUUUCCUUCCCUGCAAGAGGAGCUCGUGGCGAUGGCAUGAAGAAAAGUGUUGAUGGGCUACUAGUGAAAAGAGAAGCCAAAAUUGCCCGAGAAAAUGGGACUAGAGCUGAGCCUAUUGCCACCAAUGGAACAGUUACUUCAGCUUCUUCUUUGAACCGUCCCAAUAGGCGUGCUUCUGCUGGAGCACAACCAAAGGAAGAAACCAAACCUAAUGGUGCUACUGCUCGGAGGGCUACCUUGACAUCAGUUUCUAGCAUUAAACAGUCUUCAUCUGGGAAGCUUGGUUCUGUAAAUGCAACGGCUAAUUGCCCUCCAUCUGAAACAUCCUUAUCAGUUGACAAAGAGCCUAUUCCUGUCAAAACUGCUCAGCAAAGUAAAGAUGAGGAUGAUGCUCAUUCCACUACUUCAACCACAACUUCUCGCAGCGCUUUGGGAUUUGCCUUCAGGUUGGAUGAACGCGCUGCAAAGAGGAAGGAGUUCUUUUCGAAGCUAGAAGAGAAGAUUCAGGCAAAGGAAGAAGAAAAAACUAAUCAGCAAGCAAAAUCAAAGGAAAACCAGGAGGCUGAGAUUAAGCUAUUAAGGAAGAGCAUGACAUUUAAAGCAACACCGAUGCCAAACUUCUAUAGAGAGCCUCCUCCAAAAAUUGAACUGAAAAAGAUACCAACUACACGAGCAAUAUCACCAAAGCUUGGAAGGCACAAGAACUCCAAUUCUCUAGAAGGUGGUGCAACUUUAACUCCACGAGUAAACCAGAACCAGAACAAUUCAAACAAGGGGUCUGAAAAAGAAGUCACUGAUUCAAAGAAGCCAAUUAGGAAGUCGCAGCCUAUGCUUCACUCUCAAGAAACCGCAGCCAGCAAAGCCGAGCCUAAGCCUGUCAAGACGAAGUCAAAAUCUGCCACCAAAGAAAGACAAAACGAUAAAGAAUGCCUUAGAGAAACUGAACAAGGCCAGGACCAAAAUGCGAAGAUCAACCAAGAUCCCGAAACGAAUGCGCCGGAACAUAUUCCACAUGCUCAAGAGAUCAUGCCUCCGGAAGUUGCAGUUGGUGUUUGAGGACAUAUUCUUCUGAUCAAGCCUUGUGUUCAUAGCAUCUCUCUCUCUCUCUCU